CCGCCCAUCGCCCCUUGGCGCAGCGGAGGGCGACGAUGAAGACUUUAGUUUUUUUGAAUCACUGAAAAGCCUUAAAAGGAGACUCGAAACCCCAAUGCAAACUGAAACAACCAUGUCUGGAGAAGUGCGUUUGAAGCAGCUGGAACAGUUUAUUUUGGAUGGGCCAACUCAGACUAAUGGGCAGUGCUUCAGUGUGGAAACCUUACUGGAUAUACUCAUCUGCCUUUAUGACGAAUGUAAUAAUUCCCCUCUGAGAAGAGAGAAGAACAUCCUUGAGUAUCUAGAGUGGGCCAAACCUUUUACAUCUAAAGUGAAACAGAUGCGACUACAUAAAGAAGAUUUUGAAAUCCUGAAAGUGAUUGGUCGAGGAGCCUUUGGGGAGGUUGCAGUAGUAAAACUGAAGAAUGCAGAUAAGGUUUUUGCCAUGAAGAUACUUAAUAAGUGGGAGAUGCUGAAGAGAGCUGAAACAGCCUGUUUUCGAGAAGAGAGAGAUGUGUUAGUGAAUGGAGAUAACCAGUGGAUCACAACAUUACAUUAUGCAUUCCAGGAUGAAAACUAUUUAUACCUAGUUAUGGAUUACUAUGUUGGAGGAGACCUGCUUACAUUGCUCAGCAAGUUUGAAGACCGACUACCUGAAGAUAUGGCUCGUUUUUAUUUGGCUGAGAUGGUGAUAGCGAUUGAUUCAGUUCAUCAGUUACAUUAUGUUCACAGGGAUAUCAAACCAGACAACAUUUUGAUGGAUAUGAACGGACAUAUUCGAUUAGCAGAUUUUGGUUCUUGUCUGAAACUGAUGGAAGAUGGAACGGUCCAAUCGUCAGUGGCAGUUGGAACACCAGACUACAUCUCUCCAGAAAUCUUGCAGGCCAUGGAAGAUGGAAAAGGGAAGUAUGGGCCCGAGUGUGACUGGUGGUCCCUAGGCGUUUGCAUGUAUGAAAUGCUUUACGGAGAAACACCCUUUUAUGCUGAGUCCUUGGUGGAGACGUAUGGGAAAAUAAUGAACCACAAAGAGAGGUUUCAGUUUCCUACUCAAGUGACAGAUGUCUCUGAAAGUGCAAAGGACCUCAUCCGAAGGCUCAUUUGUAGCAGAGAGCAUCGACUUGGACAAAAUGGGAUAGAAGACUUUAAGAACCAUCCUUUUUUUGCUGGAAUUGACUGGGACAACAUUAGAAACUGUGAGGCGCCUUACAUCCCAGAAGUCAGCAGCCCCACUGAUACAUCAAACUUUGAUGUGGAUGAUGAUUGCUUAAAAAAUUCUGAAACAAUGCCUCCACCGUCACACACUGCAUUUUCUGGCCAUCAUCUACCAUUUGUGGGUUUCACAUAUACAAGUAGCUGUGUGCUUUCAGACCGCAGCUGUCUAAGACUGACAGCUGGACCACACUCCAUGGAUCUUGAUGCCAGCAUUCAAAGAACUUUAGAAGACAGUUUAGCAACAGAAGCUUAUGAGAGGAGAAUAAGACGUCUAGAACAGGAAAAGCUUGAACUUAGUAGAAAACUGCAAGAGUCCACCCAAACAGUCCAGGCUCUGCAGUAUUCAACAGUGGAUGGCCCAAUAACAGCAAGCAAAGAUUUAGAAAUCAAAAGUUUGAAAGAAGAAAUUGAAACAUUGAAGAAACAGGUAACAGAUUCUGGUCAGCUAGAGCAGCAACUUGAGGAGGUCAGCACUGCAAGGCGAGAAUUGGAUGAUGCUUCCAGACAAAUAAAGGCUUUUGAGAAACAGGUCAGAAUGCUGAAGCAAGAGAGGGAAGAUCUUAAUAAGGAACUGGCAGAGUCUAGUGACAGAUUAAAAUCCCAAGCCAAAGAGCUGAAAGAUGCACACAGCCAGCGGAAAUUGGCAAUGCAGGAGUUCUCCGAGAUGAACGAGCGGCUGACAGACUUGCACUCUCAAAAACAAAAGCUUGCCCGCCAGCUCCGAGAUAAGGAGGAAGAAAUGGAAGUGGUGAUGCAAAAGGCAGAAAGUUUAAGGCAAGAGUUACGCAGAACAGAGAGACUUAAAAAAGAACUGGAAGUCCAAGCUGAAGCUGCAGCUGCUGAGGCAUCCAAAGAUAGGAAAUUACGAGAGAGAAGUGAACAAUACUCUAAACAGUUGGAAAGCGAAGUGGAAGGACUAAAGCAAAAACAGGUUGGCCGCUCACCUGGGCUAAGCAGUAUAGAACACCAGCAAGAGAUCACUAAAUUAAAGGCAGACCUGGAAAAGAAAAGUGUAUUCUAUGAAGAGGAAUUAUCUAAACGUGAAAUAAUGCAUGCUAAUGAAGUAAAAAGUCUGAAGAAAGAACUGCGGGAUGCAGAGAGCCAGCAGCUUGCCCUCAAGAAGGAGAUCAUGAUUUUGAAAGACAAGCUAGAGAAAACCAGAAGAGAAAACCAAAGUGAAAGAGAGGAAUUUGAAACAGAGUUCAAACAGAAGUGUGAACGAGAGAAGAUACUGCUAACAGAGGAAAACAAAAAACUUUCCAAUGAACUCGAUAAGCUCACCACCAUGUUUGAGAGGCUGAGUAUGAGUAACCGGCAGCUGGAAGAAGAGAUGAGAGAUCUGGCUGAUAAAAAGGAGUCCGUGGCCCACUGGGAGGCCCAAAUUACUGAGAUCAUCCAAUGGGUAAGUGAUGAAAAAGAUGCUCGAGGUUAUCUUCAAGCUUUGGCCUCUAAAAUGACAGAAGAACUAGAGGCCUUGAGGAACUCCAGUUUGGGUGCAAGAGCUACAGACAUGCCCUGGAAGAUGCGGCGCUUAGCAAAACUGGAUAUGUCUGCAAGGUUGGAGCUACAGUCUGCUCUUGAUGCUGAAAUCCGAGCCAAACAAGCUAUUCAAGAUGAGUUGAAUAAAGUCAAAGCUUCCUGUAUCUCUACAGAAUGUAAAUUGCAAGAAUCUGAGAAGAAGUACAUGGAACUCUUGACAGAUAUUGAAAGACUGAAAAAGGAGACAGAAGAACUUAGAUCAGAAAAGGGUGUAAAGCACCAAGACUCACAGAAUUCUUUCUUGGCAUUUUUGAAUGCGCCUACCUCUGCUCUGGAUCAAUUUGAAGAUUCCUUUUCCUCCUCUUCAUCCUCAUUGAUUGAUUUUAUGGAUGACCGCUCUCCUUCCUGUAUUCCAGCUAACAAAGGCAGACAUAUUGACUCAGUUGAGAAUUUUACACUGUCUAACGCUCCAUCGCGGGAUGAAGAUGUCAAGUCUCACCUCCAUUCAAGAUCUCCUUCUACCACUAGUGAGAUUGAACCAAUUGAGGUCACAGAUCAUCCUCCCCGUUUAAUUCACACACCAACCAUGAGGACAGCAUAUAUUGGAUCGGGACUCUCUGCACCAAAGCCUAAAGCCCACCAGUUUGUAGUGAAAUCAUUUAAUAUACCAACAAAAUGCAAUCAGUGCACAUCUCUGAUGGUUGGAUUAAUACGACAGGGCUGUACUUGUGAAGUAUGUGCAUUCUCUUGCCACGUGACCUGUGCAGACAAGGCUCCUGCAGUAUGUCCAAUCCCUCCCGAACAGACUAAAGGACCUUUGGGAAUAGAUCCGCAGAAAGGCAUAGGAACAGCUUAUGAAGGACAUGUCAGAGUACCAAAACCAGCUGGUGUAAAGAAAGGUUGGCAGAGAGCACUGGCAGUGAUCUGCGAUUUUAAACUCUUCCUAUAUGAUGUAGCAGAAGGAAAAGCAUCCCAGCCCAGCGUGAUAGUGAGUCAGGUUAUAGACAUGAGGGAUGAAGAAUUCUCAGCGAGUUCUGUCUUGGCCUCAGAUGUCAUCCAUGCAAAUCGAAAAGAUAUCCCGUGUAUCUUUAGGGUCACAGCUUCCCAGCUCUCUACAUCCAGUAAUAAGUGUUCAAUCCUGAUUCUAGCAGACAGUGAGAAUGAAAAAAGCAAGUGGGUAGGAGUGCUGAAUGAACUGCACAGGAUCUUGAAGAAGAACAAACUCAAAGACCGCUCAGUCUAUGUUCCCAAAGAAGCUUAUGACAGCACCUUACCCCUCAUCAAAACAACGCAGUCAGCAGCAAUCAUAGACCAUGAAAGAAUAGCUUUGGGGAAUGAAGAAGGAUUAUUUGUUGUGCAUGUCACCAAAGAUGAGAUUAUCCGUGUUGGUGACAAUAAGAAGGUUCAUCAGAUUGAGUUUAUCCCAAGUGAACAGCUCAUUGCAGUAAUCUCAGGACGAAACCGUCAUGUGCGGCUUUUCCCUAUGGUUGCCCUGGAUGGAAGGGAGACUGAGUUUUAUAAGCUGGCAGAGACAAAAGGCUGUCAGUCAAUAGUUUCUGGACAUGUGUGCCACGGAGCUCUUACAUGCCUCUGUGUAGCUAUAAAAAGGCAGGUCCUCUGUUAUGAACUAAAUCAGAGUAAGACACGUCAUAAAAAGAUCAAGGAGAUCCAAGUCCAAGGGAACGUCCAGUGGAUGUCAAUCUUUAGUGACCGUCUUUGCGUGGGCUACCAGUCAGGUUUCUUAAAAUAUUCCCUUCAUGGAGAAGGCAGCCCAUACAGUCUGCUCCAUCCAGAUGACCACACACUAUCAUUUAUCUCACAGCAGCCAACUGACGCCAUCUGUGCAGUCGAAAUCUCAAAUAAAGAGUACCUGCUGUGUUUUAGCAGCGUAGGAGUUUAUGUUGACUGCCAGGGCCGAAGAUCCAGACAACAAGAAUUGAUGUGGACCGCAACUCCAUCUUCUUGCUGUUACAAUGCACCAUACCUCUCUGUGUACAGUGAAAAUGCUAUUGACAUCUUUGAUGUGAACUCCAUGGAGUGGAUUCAAUCUAUUCCUCUCAAAAAGGUACGACCCUUGAAUACAGAAGGAUCACUAAACCUUUUAGGCCUGGAAACAGUUAGAUUAAUAUAUUUCAAAAACAAAAUGGCAGAGGGUGAUGAACUGGUAGUUCCUGAGACAUCAGAUAACAGCCGGAAGCAAAUGGUUCGAAACAUCAACAAUAAGCGUCGCUAUUCAUUCAGAGUACCAGAGGAGGAGAGGAUGCAGCAGAGGAGGGAGAUGCUACGUGAUCCAGAAAUGAGAAAUAAAUUAAUUUCUAACCCAACUAAUUUUAACCACAUAGCACAUAUGGGUCCAGGAGAUGGUAUACAGAUUCUCAAAGACCUUCCAAUGCAACAGCAAGGGCAGCAGGCCCAUAUGACACCAUGUAAAGAAGGUGCUCAGAGGACUGGGGGUGACAAUCAGCAUUCCCCUUAUCAAUUCCCUCAUCAACACUCCCGUCUGAUCUCUUCUCCGAGCAACUUUGAGCACAUCUACCACAUGACUGUUAAUUCAGCUGAAAAAUUCCUCUCUUACGAUUCCAUAAACCCUGCAUUUUCCCCGCCUCCACGCUCUGUCCUCGGUACUCCAGACUUUAUGACUCUGAGGAAUCUUCGGCCUCAGGAAAGUCGGACCGUAUUCAGUGGCUCUGUCAGUAUCCCAUCGAUCACAAAAUCCCGCACAGAACCAGGACGAUCAAUGAGCGCAAGCAGCGGGUUAGCAGCACGAUCUGCACAAAACGGCAGUGCUUUGCGGAGGGAAUUCUCAGGAGGUAGCUAUGGAGCAAAGCGUCAGCCUAUGGCAUCACCCUCAGAUGGUUCCUUAUCCUCUGGUGGCCUGGACCAAGGCAGUCAAGCACCAACAAGGGAUUAUGAGCGAGAGGACUCUGACUCUCCGAGACACUCUACUGCAUCAAAUAGCUCCAACCUCAGCAGCCCUCCCAGCCCAGUUUCUCCUCACAAGACCAAGAGCCUCUCCCUGGAGAGCUCUGACCACGUGAGUUGGGACUCAUAAAGUGCUUCAGCAUUCAAAUUUGACAUCACAGCAGCUUGCUGUCCCCUUCACUCGUUCCAGUUCUCACCUUCGUAAUCCUAACCCUCCCUGUUCCCUGUGUGAAAGUGAUCUGGGAGCGGAGUACAGAGGAAGGUAGAAGCUGAUCAUCUUCAGCACCGUUCAGCACUGCCUCACCCUCCCUUCCCGGAUUUGACAGCAGCAAAUGAGCAAAGCUAGGGUCUUGGUAAACAUCAGAUGCUGUAGAUUUCUAUUAGGUUUCAUUUUUGUGGUUACAGCUGCUUCAUUUUUAAAGAUAUAUUUAUCCCACUUCCACUUCCCAAAAAGUAGCUUAAGUAGACAAGACCAGUAUGAACAAGAAAAAAUUCAGAGGGAUUUUGUUUUCAUACACUAGCUCAUUAUACUAUACAAAAGUAGCACAGACCCCUUCCCCUGCAUGGGGAAUGAUCAGUAUGUCAGAGGCACAUAAAAGCUUUCAGCCACCAUGUUUGAAUGUCAAUCUGAUUGUUGCCAGCAAAUCCUUAUUGAUUAAAAUGAUGCAUAUUUUACUACAGUACAGAGUUUAAAUAAAUAUGCAGAUGUUAGAGGAAAAUAUGUAUGUAUAUAUUCAAAGAAAAAAAAGCAUUGUGUAUGCAGCAGAAGAUGGAUGCUUAUUUAAGAGAGCCUUUAUUUAAGAUUUGUGUUGUCCCUGUUUUCAUGCUUGGUAAUAUACAGACUUGGAGACCUGGCCUAAAACCUUUCACAGGAGAGAUGCUCCUUUUGCAUAGGACUCACUGCACUGCCAGGAGAGGUCCCUGCGGUACUUUCAAAAUAUUUCGUCACUUCUGACAGUAAUUCCUUCUUUUAUGUUAAUCCAAAUUAUUGACAAGGAUUGGAAAGCAACCCCCUGCCGUGAUAACCAUGGGUACCAGUCAGCCAGGUGGCUGUCUUGGCUUCUUGUGUGCUAGCUGUGGAGCUGAGGGGCCCUACAGCAUGCUACAGCAGAGGUCCUUAAGGCAGCAAGGGAGUUUCAAUGCAGCAGGAUUCAGCAGGAAGACUGUCUCCUUGAGCAGUUUAGGUUUCCUUUCCUUUGAGCAAGUUCAACUCACAAGGGAGCAGUCUUCCACAUCUCCUUGACCAUUCCUAAUGAGAAACCUUACCGUUGUUACCAAAUAGCAGUUGCUAAUACACAUCAGCCAAAUGAGUGCCCUUAGCCUGAAGCUAGCCAUGGCUGGCUAUGCUGUCACGGUAGCAACGAAGAACUGUGAAGACUGACCUCACACUGUUCACACCAUGGUAGUCAAAGAUGCCCACAACUGCCAUGCUGGCAAAGUUGGUUUUCCUCUCCCUCCCCACCUGUGCUGUGGGCUUGUGCAAUUUGCAGUCGUUUCUAUGUGCUCACUUGCUGUUUGGUUCCAACAGCAGGUCAGGUUGGAAGGCAGUAUUGUAGUGGAAGACAGAGCCCACUGAAGUUGCAAAACUAAAAAAGCUGAAGCUGGUCAAGCAGUCAACAGAACAAAUUUAGACACUGAUGUACAAAUAGAUGGUAAGAGGAAGAUGCCUCUUUAGUUAGCAAGGUAGAUGUGUUUUUCAUUUGGGAGGAUGUUCAAAUGAGCCUCUCUUCUCAGUAGUAUUGCUGCUGGCUUUAUACUAUGACUAUACUCAAACACAUAAGGGCCUUUUGUAUUUAGAAUACUGGUUUUUGUGGAUUUUGGAAACUUGUUAUGGCUGUUAUUAAACCAUUCCAUAUUCUUGCAGUCAGCAGUAUAUAGUCUUUCACCCACACAGAGAUGUUUUGGAGUCUUCCAGUUUGUCUCUUCCCUAAUGGAAGUUAUAGGUAAGUUCAAACCAUGUACAGUAAUUUCCAGGUGUGAUCUAAGUCAUUUAAUCAUGCUGGGUCUUCUAGAUAAGAUUUCUCUUUCACUCUGAAUCAAAAAGCUUGUCCAAGUUUUAAGCUCAUUCAAUGUUACUUUGGGACAGCAAUUAAAGACUUUUUUUUACAAACUAUUGUAUAAAAGCCUGUCUCUCUCCUGUUAGGGUUUUACAGAGUAGCAAGCUGGUUGUGUUGUUUGCUUUCACUUCCAAGCUACUGCCUUUGCAAGCCCAGCAUUUAGUAUUAAAAACUUUCGUAAACAGCUAAGCACAUGAAAUUAAUUCCUCCCAGAAUAGUUUUCAGUCUGAGGGCCAGAUAGACAGGAUAUUAUUGGCAUUAUUACAAUUCCUCAUCAGCUUCUUUUUAAAGGCUGCAUAUUGCUUCAAGUAUAGACAUUGCUUUUUCCCCACAAUUCCCUCAUUUUGGUGAAGCAUGUCCACACACUUUUCAAAGCCUUUGCAGACCAGUUUUAUAUUUACUGUAUGUUGUAUUUAAACAUUGAUCUUAUUUUGUUGUUGAGAGAAGGCAUUGAAACAGCAGUCAUUUAAGAUAAAGCAGCUGGCAUGACAGUCUCCUGAGAGAGGGUCACAGGAUAUUUUUUUUUUGCAGUUGAGCUAAUGCUUUAUCUGAAAAUGGAACCCAAAGAACCAUGACGCAGCAAACAAAUGGAGCAAACCUCUACGUUUACUCUGUUAUGGUACCUGCAAUCUACAAAACCUGACAUUUUCAGGCAGAGCAUAGGUCAGCUGUGUUACUAAACUAAGCUCCACAAGCCUACACUGUUUGUACACUACAAUUUCUAAGCCUUGUCACUCUCUUUUAGGAUUACUAUAUUUAAUAAUUAGUUUGGUAGUGUGCAUUUUUAUAUACAUCUGUUCAAAAGAGAAGCAGCAACUGUUCUCUCAGUUGAAAAGCAAAUGACCACACCACUUACUUGAAAACAGAAAAAUUGUCCUAGGACUUGAAUAGUUUUAUGUAUUUGGGGACCAUCUGACAGUACACUCAACUUUAAACCACAGUAGUCUUUUUUUGGUUGGUCUGAAUACUGAAAACAUGCAUACUGUAGCUGAGCUUUUUUAAAUACUCAUUGGGCUAGGAGGUCAUUUGAACUGUAAGACUUUUGACUGGUAUCUCAAAGACAGUUGUCUCCUAUGGUUUGAUGUUGGCUACUUAGCACUGUAGCAUUGCUUCAACUUCACAGAUAGAGAUUAAAAUCUCCCAUUGAAUUUUUGUAGCACAUAUUCUCUUGUACACAGUAUAUACUUAGCUCAUUUUUUCCUUUUGGCUGAGACUGAAGGUGUUUGCAUUUCUGACACUGCUUAAACAUAUGGGUUGUUUGGGGUUUCACGGUUUUCUCUUUUGAUGGCAACAAAAGAUCUGAACAGAUUCAGGCAGCUAUUAAGGAUUCCAGGUUAUAGAAUGAAGUUUGGUAAAGUUUUUUCCCCUGUAUGUGUGCACACAGAGAUAUGUGGCUUCCUUCUACAUUUCACAAACGUAAGAGCAGGGUUAUAGUACUCUUCUCCUAUUGCCUUGGACCUGUAGAAGACAGCUGGUGGUUUCAAAAAAACAUUCCUGACUGAGGCUGUAGUGAAGUAGUUGAUUGUGCAUUUUGCCCAUUUUAAUAAGUUUCAAAACUAAGUCAGGAAUAUUAUCUCUGAUUUGAUUCUGGUAAAAUUACAAGCCAGGUGUGUUAUUCUCAGGUAUAUGCCAGAGGGAAGUUAAAGGUCUUGUCAUACCAAAAAAGACCAAAAACCAUAGUGUAUUUAUAGAAAUGUAGUUUGACUGCACUGUUUGAUAAACUGCCCCAGAAGCCCCUGCUGCAGGCUUUCCACUCUAAAUUCCAACUGCUCUUUGUCUUUUAUUCCAGCUGCAGCUCAGUACAACCUAUUUUUAUUCUACAGUUAAGAAAGUCUCAUCCACAGGGAAGAAAUCCACAAACAAACCAGUGUUGGUGUUUCAGAGCAAUUAUACCUGCCUUUUUAUGUAUAACAGUUUCAUAUCAUGUAUUUUUUAAUUUUUCUGUGUUGUUUUUUUCAUUGUAAUAUUAUUGUACAGUUUUGCAUGGCAUAGAUGUAAUCACUUUUUUGUUUCAUAGUAUAAAAGCUGACAAGUGUGUGUGUGGGGGAAAGAUUCUGCUUUUUGCCUCUUCUCACUAUUUUGUUUAAUGCCCUCACGGUUGUAGGGGACAUUAUAAGAGAUUCUCUGCUACAGAACAAUGAUGUAGAUUCUUUUGCACAGAAAUAUUUAAGGUGGAAAAGUCAAUGUAAAAGUGACUUACCACCAAUAUUUUAUGUUGGUAACACACUUAAUAUUAACCUACUUUGAUGUACUGCAAUAAAACAGAACUGUUAGAAA